ACCCUCCUCAAAAACACGUACCCCUCCUCACCCGGCGCUCCGUUCUCCCUUGGCUGCCGGGAAUUUCCUUUCUGCUUGCCGGUCGAGGCGAAGCGGCCAUUUUUGUUUGGGUCGUGCCGUGGAGUUCACGUUCGCCCACUGUGCUGCCGCUUGCUCGCGCCGGUUGGUAGUGCUGCGGUGCUGCUUCUGUCCCCGCCGCCGCACCGCAGCCACGGCCGUGCCUUCUGCAACCGCCGCCGUCGUCUGCUUGUCUCUCGUUCGCAGUGUGUGUGCGUGUGUGUUUGUGCUUGCAUUGUGAUAGUGAUCGUCCAUCAUCGACUCAUCGGUCAGUGCUUCGGCGUCAUCUUCCCGCUGAAAGAAGAGCUAUCUAUCUAUUCCUCGAGCUUUGAAAACGCCCGCCGCUUUCUUCUUUUCUCUCGCUUGGAUUAUCGUCGUCGUCUGCUGCGUGUGUUUCGUCUUCUGCUGGAUUACGGUGUCGUCUGCUUAAGUCUUCGCUUGUCUUCGGGCUUUCUCGUCCGUGUUGUUGAUCCCUGUGCUUGCUUGCUUGCCUCCCUUUGAGAACCGGCCGUUGAUCCGCCGAGAAGACCUGGAUGUAUGCCUUCCGGCGGCGACGAAGCUAGACGCCGAUGACGUCACAGAUGCCGUGAGCGCCCGAUCGAGAGCUGCCGUUCGCGACGCCGUCUCCUGUGGCCGGGUGCUGGUUGUAGUUGGCUAUCGAAGCUUUGUCGACCUUGUUAAAGUUCUCGUCGCAUCGUAUGCGACGUUCUGUGUUUAGACCCCAAGGAAACAGAUUUUUUUUUUUGCCCUUAUAAAUUUAUGUGGCGCGCGGUUUUGAGCUCACCGGCGUUUGGAGCCCGUAACAUCUGUACGAUGUACGGCCGUAUGACGUCAGUAGGUGUUCUUACGCACACGCCGUCGGAAAUAGAAGCGGCAUAUGGAUCGCAUCUUUGACGAUACCUCUCGUGGCACUUCAAACUUUGAAGAAGAGAUCGCCGUUGCCGGUGCUCCACCGCAUGCAGAUGAUAGAGGCCUCCGCAGCUCGCCACGUACUACUUGCGGCCUUGUAAACUUCGGGCAUUGUUCGCCGCCGAUGUAGGAGAGCCGUCGUCUGCACUUUCCGGGCGCCGCGUCGUCUGCUUCGCAUCGCGUUGCAACGCAGCUGUGUUCGGCGAACGUUUCACUGAAGCGUGGGAAUUGAGUCCUCACGGCCGCACAAGAAAAAAAGAAAAGAGGAGCGACAGAGGUGACGUCACACUCGUUCUCGCUUCGAAUGAUAAAUAAAAAGAAGAAAAGGAGAGCCAUUGUGCGAACAAGUGUGGCGUACGCGCUCCGACAGCCGCAGUAGGCAAUCUAGCGGUUGGAAACUCCGCGCGACAAUUAUUGCUCGAAAUUCGAAGCCGCUCGCGACAACUGCUGCGGCUGCUGCUGCCGGCGGGAAACAUUCUUUUUCUUCUUUUUUCGCAACACGUGCAAAAACCUGUGGCCAGCGUUCGCUCUACCGUGGAAGAGAUGGAUUGAUGACGUUGCGUUGUCGUCUUCGGUGUCGUCGUCUGUUUCUGCUCGCACCUUUUUCCCGCGGUUUGUCGUCGUCUGCUACGAGGCAGCAACGCGGCGACGCCUGACCGUCGUCCCGGAGGCCGCCGCCAUCUUUUUCCGCGAUAAAGGCGUCUCGUCUCCUUUCCACGGAUUCCAUGUGCCUCGAGGAACUGGACGGCAUGCUCGUCUUCAAGAGUCGCAAGGGAUUGGGCCCCGAUGACGUCACCGGCGACGCUGCGGUCCUCGAAGCCGGAUCGCUGUUCAACUAUGUUGCCACCAGCAGCGGAGAGUCAUGUCGGUCAGUCGAGCGACUCCGCCUCGUCGGCGCCAUGUUCCCCGGAGAGCGUCAUCAGCGACUCCGGCGGUGCCGAGGGCCUACCGGACAGCGUCGCUAGCCUGGUGUCCGGAGAGCUCGUGGAUGCCGUGCCCCCGGACUCCGGCUUCAACCUCUCCCGGCUACUGCUGCCGCAGCAGCACCGGCAGGGGGAGACCGCCGCCGAAGCCCGCAAGCGGGACCUGCGGCUCGUCGACGAGGUCGUGGCCGCGGCUUCGGCUACGACCACGACAGAGUCUCGGACCGUUUCCUCGCCUGCCCGCUUCGCCGAGUCCACAGUCGUCUGCUCUGGCCGCCGCCGUUUGCUUUUCGUCUGCUUCGUGUCUUUCAUCGCCGUCUGCUACAUUCACUGCCACGACGACGUAUUCUGCUACGGCGUCGUCUGCCACUACGACGUCUUCUGCUACGGCGUCGUCUGCCGCAACGGUGUCUUCUGCAACGGCGUCGUCUCCCACGACGACGUCUUCUGCUACGGUGUCGUCUUCCGUGGAGUGUUUUUUAGCGAACGGCUCCACGUCGACUGUUGCUGCUGCGCCGGUGGGGCCGCCGCCGUCGUUGUCACCGUUAGUGACGUCACCGGUGCCGAGCGUGUCAGUGUCGUCUUCCAGCUGCUCGGCGGCGACUACCGUGUCCCACGCUGCCUUGUGUGUGACAGGGUCGGCGACGACGUCUUCUGACGAUGUGUGUCGGCAGGCGUCGCCCUCUCCGUCGGCCAAGUGCGGUGUGUCACAGGCAGCGGCCUUGUCAGCAGCGUCACCGUCGGGAGCCUGUGCCAAAAGCAGCAGACGCAAGAGAAGGCAGUCGGGAGACGCAAGGAAGCGGGAUAGCCCGCUAGUAUCGGUAAGCCACCGCGCGAAUUUGGAGGAUGACGACGACGCGGAGGACGAAGACAUUUGUCGGCGGAGAGAGGCCGAGGUGGAAUCCCUGCUGCGGCACUGUAUCGAUCUCGUCGCGGACCGGUUGGACCCACAACACAGUAGCAGCAGUUCCAGUUCGCUACGCGGAUACUGGAGGGACCACCAGUCGGAACCGCACCGCCAUUCCGAAACCAUCGGCCGCCAGGCGUCGCCGUCGCGCAGCUGUCGUCACCAGGACCAUCAGCCUCACUGCAACACCCAUCAUCAGGAAUGUCACGGCGACGGCGCCGAUGUCGCCUGCGGCUCGACUCGAGAGCACCGGAGCAGCUGCCACGUCCAGGAGUGGGAACAUCAUCACACGGGUCACGAUCAUCAUCAUCACCACCGCAGCAAUCAACCCCACAGUCACCACUCGCAACCGCAGCAUCACAACGACUCUCAAGAUCAAGAGAACCAAGCGAAGCACCACACCCACCUCGAAACCCAUCACCACGAGCGCCUAAGACCGCCGUCUCCCAGCUUACCGCCUUGUUCACCAGAGUGUAGUAGUAGUAGUAGUAGUAGCAGCAGCAGCAGCAGCAGCAGCAGCAGUUGCAGCAGUAGCAUUCCAGGAGACGACGAUUCGCAGUGUCUAUUAGCGACGCAGACUACAGUGGAAGAUGAUGCAGCGUCGGCGGCCACGCUGUCGAUAUCGAUUUCGUUGUCGACAACGGUGACGACGGAUUCGCUGGCGGUAGCGGCACUGCCGACGGUAUCGUUGUCGGCGGCGACUUCGUCGACGGCGGCGGUCUUCUCGGCGACGUCGGUGGCGUCCUCGUCGUCGCUGUUGUUGAGCGCUGCGCCUUCGCCGUGUUCCUCGUCCCAAUCGUCGGCGACGGCGUCGGUGGCGGCCGAAGACGGCCUGUUCGCGUGUCGCUGGCUGGACUGCGAGAUGCGCCUUCGCAACGAGGAGGCGUUGGGCGACCACGUCCGGGGGGCUCACGUGGACACUCAGACCAGGGACCAAGGUGUCUACCUCUGUCGGUGGCAGGGCUGCAAGGUGUUCGAGCGGCGCUCGUGUUCCCGGCAGUGGCUGGAGCGUCACGUGACCCUCAGCCACUGCGGUUCGCGGCCGUUCCCCUGCAUCGUGGCCGGCUGCGGGCAGCGGUUCGGCUCCCAGGCGGCGCUGCAGAGGCACGUCAACGCCCACUUCGAGAGGUCGCUCAACGGCUCCGGACCGGUACCACUGGGCGGCGGCGCUGGAAGCAGCGCCUCCGGGAGCGGCGUCGCCUCCGGCGGAAGCUUCCUCGGAUCUCGGGGUCUGGGCUCCAAGGAGCUCGCGAGCGGCGACUCCCCGCUCAAGCUGCUCAGGCUGCGCAAGAAGCUCAAGUGCCGGCGUCGAGCGUGGGCAACCGUAAAACAUCCUGAUUUCUUUGAUGCUGGUGUGAUGGAGGAGCUGAGGCACCGGCUGACCGACAUCAGCGCCCCACAGUCACCUGCAGAGCCCCACUCCUGGAACGGGUCCACAGUCACCUUCCAUGGAACGGUGAUGGCAAGAAGGAAAGAAAAUACCGGAAAAGUUAAAGUGCUUCUUCACUGGGUUCCUGAGCACAUACUGCCAGACAGCUGGGAGCCGGAGAACCAGAGCACCGAAAAGGUGGUCGCCCUCUCGUCGCUGUCUGCUGACGACCUGCACACACUAAAUGUGUGGCCCAAGGAUCUGCCGACGCAGUGUCAGGGGCUGUUGGGAAGCCGCCGACGCAAGCGGAAGUGAUGGUGAUGGCAAGGUCACUCAUCUCAGGGUCGUGAUGAUGCAACACUGCCAGGCUUUUUCCAACCAUGCCAUUCAUCGUCAACACCUGCUUCACCAACAAGUGCAGCACGCAUAUGUGGACACAGACUGCAUCACCGUCAGGAGCGUAAUUUAUUUUGUGAGCUUUCAUUUUGCGCAUCUGCCACACACGGCUUGACUGCCACUGCCGCACUCCCAUCGCCAAGUGCCCUUUGCAGGCAAGACUCUCCACUGCCUUCGACGACUGCACUGGCGACUCUGUGACUGCAUAUACAGCUUCGGAUAUGGCCGUGGCUGUGACUGAGGCUAAAACUCUCACCAUCAGGCCACGUGGGGUGGGGGAGCGGUGUGCCCCCUAGUGGUGUAAAUGCUACAUCCUUAUCUGCCUCAUUUUGACAGUUUAGUCAGUGAAAGACAGUGGUUUUCCUUAUCUUCGGUGCACUGCUAGCCAUGGCAUCAUUUCAGUGCUGGACAAGAUGGCAUCAUGCAGAUCGCACCACAAUCCAUCGUGGACAAGCCCGAGUAGGUAACCUGCAAUUCCGAAGAGGAAACGAAACUGCGGGCGGGUCAUCGCUGGCCCAAGGUCGGUGGUCUUCGGCCAACAGAUUGAUCAACGGCUCAUGACAGUCACUGCCCACGCAGAAGAGGCACUGGUGGAAGUUUAAAGUAGCAAACACUAUGCAGAUGUUAGUCGUCAAAGCACUGUGCCGCGGUUUCAUUCUUUUCUUCUAUUUCACUCUUUGUCUUGUCCGUGACCGUGGGUGACAGAUCUGUGGGAAUCGUGUUUCCGUAUUUGGUUACUGCUCUUGGCUGUUUCCAAUUCAAAAUGGUAAUUUUUCAAUGCAUCAGAACCUGUCUUGAUGAUACUGACUCUUCUUACUUUUCUUUAUUACACUCAAUUUUGCUGAGGCCAUAGUUGAAUGAAUUGAGAGUUCUUGAUUUAGUGUGUUGGGUUACAUUGAAGGUUGAACAGUGUUUCUUUAUGUUGUUUUUACGACACAUCGUCGUUUGCGCUUGGGCUUCUCUGCAAUGGCAUGUCUUGCUGAGUGGCAGCAAUAUAAUGCCAGCUAUAUGCAACCCCCAGAAAGUGCUAUAGAUUCCUUGGUUCCUAGAAUGCACAGAAUCUUGAUGGCCGAUAGCCUCUGGUUGCGGUUAAGUAUAAGAUAAGUGAAGAAAUUGCCUCUUAUGUGCACUAUGGUAUUUGCACAAACGUAACGAGUAUCUUUUUGUUUCUUGUAUUGGGCUCAGCAGGUGGUCAAAAUCAUUCUUAGAGCCGUAGCCCAUCCAGAUCAGAGGUACAGAAUUUAGUAUCUGGGAACCCAAGUGAACAUUUUAAACACAUGCAGCAGUGUCACUGGGACUGAAUUUGAUAAAUGUUUUAACUAGAAAAGCUUAUUAGCAAGGAGCUUAUCAGCGAAGUUCUCCUGUAGUAUGAAAUGCAUAAAUGAAAGUUAGGAUUCAUCUCCAGUCAGCAGACAUGCUUCUUGUUGCAGUAGCCAGGUCUUCUCAGUGAGCCCUCAUUUCACUGUAAGCUGAGCUUGAUUGGUGUAACUUUGUGCUUCUUGUAUUGCUCGUGAAAAUUCAUGGGCUUUUGUUCUUUUCUUGCAAUAAUGAAACCGCGAUGAAGCAGUGUUCGAUAAUACAAACGCUGACCUACUGCCAUAUUUCCCAUUUACAUUUAUGCAAGCAACCCUUCGUGACACUAUUAGUGCUCUGAGUUUCCGUGUGUGUGUAUGCAAUUUUCGGGCUGUCUGCAAAGUAGAUUGGAGACGAGUUUCGUUUUACUUAUGCAGAAGGCUCUCUCUCAUGCGUGUAUUGCCUACUUCCUGCAAAGGCGUAUAGGAAGCAUGCAUUGGACGUGCUACUAGUUUCGCUCAUUGCAUGAACAGUAAUGAACACAAGGGGGAUGAUUCUGGCUGUACAACAGGUCCAGACACUUCUGUCUUUCCGUGAAAAUGGGAACGAUUUAUCUUUUAGUUACAUCUUAGUUUAUUGCUGGGCUGAAUCUUUCUUUUUAUAAGUUCACAACAAUUACAAGAGUGCUAGUCGUUGCACUUCAAUCUCUUCAUGCAAAAAAUGUGAGAAAUCUACAGCUUAGUGACCACUUCAAAGUUCAGAUGCACUAGCAUUUAAUGUUUGGUUUAGUUCUUAGCCUGCUGAGGCUUCUGUACGAAAGUUGGCUCAGUAAAAUUGACAUUACAGAUAUUGACCUACACUCUAAGAAAACUUUGCGUCCUUUGUGGUUUAUCUUGUUCCCAAACAAUAAUUAUCUACCUUGUGUGCUUUUCCCUAGUGCUGUGCACCUUGUACUUCCAGGUCACAAACAGCAUGUAUUAAAUUAGCGUGACAUAGCACUCUUGACAGGAAAGUAGUGAGUGCAGAGUUUUCAAUAAAUGCAAGCAAGACAGGUGACGAUGAUUGGUUGGGGACAAGGUAUGCCCCAAAUGGUGUGGACUUAAUUUUUAAAGUGUAGUCAAACGAUAGACCUACUGAGAAGGAUUUGUGUGCAUUCGCGCAAGUCCAUUGGGUUUCCAUGUAAUCUUUGGGGCAGAUAUAAUGCUCAGCAUCAAAGCCACAUCCUUUUCAGACGAAUAAUAUGGAAAACUUUAAAUUACAAGGGAUUACAAGAGUGCAUGCAGAUUUCCUUUUUAAAAGGAGGAAAUUCUAAGAUGAUCACAAAACAUGAAGGAGUAAAAGAUUUGGCCAAGCAACCUUCAUGGUUUGCUUCUACUUAUAAUGGCAUUUCAGGACAUCUCUGAGGAACCAUCAUGGAAUCGUAAUUCGUUGUUUAAUCUAAAUGUCCUUGUCAAGUGCAUAAACCAGGUAUUUCAGGAAAUGCUUUUUGAAGCAAAUACCAUUUUUUAUUAGUCACAACUCUAUUAAGUGACAGACAGGGAAGCCAUAGAAAAAAUAGGGAAACCUAAUUGUUAUGCUUAAUUGAGAGUAGAAAUAAGUAAAAUAAGGUAAUAAGGACCGAACCCACAUCUACCUUAUUACAUGUUCAGUGUUUUCCAUGGAUGGAUCCGGAUGGCUUUCAGGAUUAACAUUGGCUAUUCUAGAAUCCUAGGGAUAUCUCUUUAUUUCUAACGUUGUGACUAAAAGGCAAAUGAGGCUAAUAAUUUCCAUACAGCAAACUUCAGUUAUCAGUAUUAGUUAAACAAAAACCACUAGAUCGAGCACUGUACUGACAGUGUACAUAGACUUUAGCAGUGAUAUUUCCAGUAAUUUCAGUAUGAAACAUUAUGGUGUAAUUUAAUAAUGUACACUGAAUCGACAUUUGUCUUUAGCGUUUCCUUCUGAAUUGCUUGAAGCAUUUCCUAGAAUGCCUGGUACAUACCCUGACUGGUUGGCAGAUGGUAUGCAAGCGAUCCAGGUAUUAACAUUGCCUUCUGCUGGGGUAGGCUCAUUAAGAACUUCCUUUUUCUGUGGAUUCAACGAACACUGCCAGGGUUUGUGUUAUGCAGAGGGACCACGGUUCAGGCGUGGGCAGGAACAGUUGAGCUAUUGUAAUUUUCGAUCGUUUUGUGUAGUUGCCAUAGUGAGCAUACGGCACAUUGAAUGAAAUACAGGCCUAACUAGCUGAAGAGCCAGCCAUUGCGAAGGAACUGUAAAACCAUGGCAAAUGAGAUUAAUAUCUUCGCUAGAAACUUAUUUGAUAGUGAUUUAGGUCAUUUUGUGCAGAACAAACACAGCCUAUACAAGUCUUGCAAGAUUCUCUAAUUUCAUUGCAACCUAUUUAAGCAUCACCUUGAUUCUGCAUAGUCGUGGUCUUGUGCCUUUUGCAAGUCUAAUUUGACAGUCUAAUUUGACUUUCUUGUGGCAGGUAUGUUGAUGAAAUAUUCCUGAAGAAUAAGCUCCUACUGCUUACUUCAAAGUCUUGCAAAAUGCAAGUGUCACUUUUUAUCACUGUCUUUAGACGCUGCAAGCUCAGAGAUGGGUUUCGGUGGAGAUAUUUUGUUGAGAUUUUCGUUGAUGUUGUUACGUUGCACAAUUUCGUGAAGUUUCCUGCUUAUAAGUCGCCCUCUUUUUUUUUGGCAGGAGCAUCGCUGCUUUACAAUUAUUUUGGCAACCUUUCCUCUGCCUGAUAGCAAAUGGGAUGCAAUUUUUUCUUGGCAGUCUUUCUUUUUUUUUCUGUACAAAAGAUAUCCAGGUGCAAUGCACUUUAUCUGGGACCAUGUGCCUUUUGUGUCACUAUCUCUGAAUGGCGGAUGGACUUGAAGUGAUUCUUUUCCAAGACCUUGAUGCACCCAUCACGGCAAAUGAUAUGGCUGUGGCCUCUAGCAAAUUAGCUGUACGUAGCAUUCUUUUAAGCUUUGUUUGGUUUUUAAAGGUAUGUUUGAGAUUUGCAAAAGCAACCUGAAUUAGUUCCCCAUAGAAGCAAAACUGAUUUAAAUGAAGCCCUUUGAAACUGCAGCUUUAAUGUUUCUCUACAGCUUUCAUCAAAGUAUGCUGCUCUAAAUAGGGUGAGGAGAUUGUUUCUCUAUUUUUAAGUUCAGACAUUGUUUUUUGCGGUUUUCAUUGUAAACAAAAUUGAAAACACAUUAAACUUAAUUUUUGAGAGCAUGUAGACUAAGGAAGAUUUUGUCAUUUAGAUGGUAAAAUCAGUUGUUUGCUGGAAGGGGUGCAGCUGACGUGGCAAGCGAUUUAAGAAAUUUGAGGAGCUUUUUCGUCUUGCAAGCUACAGUGGAUAACAUCAAGAAGUGCACUGAGGAUGAUGGGUGCAACUAGGUGCGUCGGCGUUGGUAUUUUCAUAAAAGCUAGCAGUGGAAGGAGGUUGACAUGUAUUGAUCUUGCGAGGCAGGUGUGCAGAUGUCGUCGAACAGGAUUAUGAUUAAGGACGAGUUCAGUUUCGCAAAUGAGGAUUGCUAAAGGUUUUAUUUACAUUUCCAGUGGCAGCAAAUGUUGUGGGGCCUAUUGUGGGUCCUAGCUACUGCCAUCUUUACUCUGGAACUUGAAAACUAUAAAUUGAAAUUAAAAGAACUGAAUAGGGUUUGGAGAAAGAGCUAGUUCUACAGAGUGCAAGUUUCGUAAUUGUCGUUGAGAACGGACGGUGGCCCUGUGCCGAUGCUUGUCACAGUUGACAGAAUGUUGCAGCGUCGUGUUUCAGGUAGUUUAGCAAGCUACCGCCGUGCCGCGACUUGUCGUAUCACCUUCGGAUGUGCCGCAUGACGAUGGCAUUCUUUCGUGACGUGACUUUGUAAAUGUACACGAGUCAUCCUGUUCAUUCUGUGCAGCCAUCGCAACCACAUUUGCACAGAAUUAGAUGUGGCAGCCAUCAGCAUAGCGCAGUCUUAUUUAUUCCACUUGCUGCAUGUAAUGUAUGUCCUCUCACUACAUCUGGCCUGUUGCGGUACGGCUUAGCUUAAACCUUAACCUGGCCUGCGAGCGUUCCUCUGUGUAGCGUAUGGCAGCACAGCGGAUGGCUGCAGCAUUAAUGAGCAGGCGUUGUGGUCCUUGAGAACAGUCUUAGAUGGAGUUACCAGAGAUAGUGGCAUGUGAUGCAGUGCUAUACAGACAUUUACACUGUACCAUACUGAGGAGUAUAUAUAUAUUAUAUAUAUAUAAAUCGACUUUCAUAGCAGAGCUUGUAACGAGGCCUAAUAUUUCACACAUGUAUAUUGGUAAACCACACCUAUUUACAACCCCAAAUUUCCCGUGUAGCGGAAAUUUUAAUGUCCUUACACAGACAUCUAACUAGGUGCUUCACUGCUGUCAACCUGCUUAGUAAUUAAGCUUAAUGCUUUUCUAAAUGCUAAACACAUUGCUUUGCCUGAUGUGGAUGUUCUUGUAAAAAUUGAAAAAAAUACUUGCAUCAAAUUGCAAUGCACUUUCAUGCGUGGAUUCACUUGUUUGAAAAACACAUUCGGCUAUGAUUUGCACUAAAUUACGUAUAGAAUCUCGUUGAUACGAUCUUCACGAGAACCAGAAAAUAAAGCGUAUCAUCAAACGUAUUAUCCAACCAAAUCGUAUUAUCGGGGAAAGGGGAAAAAAAGAGUAUCAUCCCGAAAAACGUAUUAUGCAGAAUCGUAUCAAUGAGGUUCCACUUAAUUUGCUGCAUAGCACUUUGUUGGUGAUAGGUGCGUAAUCUGUACUUAUGAAAAUGUAGAAUCGUGUCCUCAUAAUCGAGCACCGUCUUCUGAAUUGGAAAUAGGAUAACGAUAGAGAAAUGUCACUGAAUGAUAUGGGCCUGGUGGCUGCCAGCUUUGAUGGAACGAAUAGGUUGACGAAGUUGAGGCACCUGACUAUUGUAUAAAGCCCAGAACCAGCUUAUAACCUCCCAGUGUAUAUCUUCGAUCUCCCAGACCAAAAGUCUCCCACUCUUACCAGCCAACAUGUUCAACACUGCCAUUGUAAAGAGAGUGAAAAAAAAUUGUGUUUUAAAAAAAAAGCUGUUUAUAAGAGUUAUAUACCAUGUGAGAGAAAAAAUAUAUUGGAGGCUUGUUAGCAUGGCGGCUAGCAUGUCUAGCAGCAGCCGGAUGCAGCCGAGCGCACGACGGUGGCAUAGCGCUGCAUAUUCAGCGUGCAUCAGGUGGGGACGAUUCGUUCGAGUUUGCUGUUUAUCCAAACUUCUAGUUUGCUGUGAAGAGUGUUGGUCAGCCGUAAACUACAUCACCGUACCUUUAUUGCAUGCUUUCGUAUUGUAAACGAGCGAGUGAGCUUGCUGGCGUAGUGGGCUGUUACAUUUAUGUGUGUGUAUAUUUCCUGAGCGUCACUUUGUUAAUGGAUUCCUGGCAGCAAUUCUAACUCUUGACGAGCUGCCCGAAGUUUUGACUUGCCAAUGGUUCAAGCUGGACUUUACGCGUGAUGGUUGCACGCAGGUAAACGGAGCCCUUGCGUUUUCUCUUUUUUUUUAAUUGUGGUAGAUCAGUUCACGGUACAAUUAUAAGUGCAUUGGCUCUUAUUUUAGGAAUACUGUUGUAUCUUAUCAUUCCUGUUGCAGUUUUCUCUGUAUGAGAAUGUCAGUACCAUGCAAGUGAUGCCUUUGAUGCCGCAGUUUUGGCCUGCUAAGCAAAAUCAUAUUGUAAUGGCUGGUAGCUUUAAAGGUACAUAUUGUCGAAACCUUGUCUUGUGUGGUGUGGUUGUCACUGGCCUCGUGACCUGCGAGAUGCCGGGGACGAGUAACGCUUUUAUUUGCUGCUGUGCAAGUCUGAAAUUGCUGUCGCUUGCUUCCUUAAUCCUAGAAAGAUGCCAUUUCCUUGCAAAAUUCAGUCAACAUGAGGUUGACAGCACUGUCUAAGGAUGCUCUGUGGUGGUGAUUUAUUUUUAAGGGGGUCAAAAUUUGGAACAGUAUACAUCGUAAUUUGACAAUGUUCUGUGCCCCUUCCGUGUUUGGACCUUUAGGCUUUUGCUGUUGUGUUAUUGGCAUGUCUAUUAGUUUUUUGGGGGCAUACUGACAUGUAUCAAUGGGACUGUCUAUUGCAUUUGCAAUGCUCCUGUUGUUCAUUAAGAAGUCCUGCAUAGUUGAAUUGGUUGUUUCGUCAUCUGCGCUAUGAUGCAUUCAAAGAAUAUAAUGCAGAUUUGUUCCCAUGACAGUGGUUGUCUCACCUCACGUUGUCUUCUGCUCAACUUAUUUUGAACCCUGUUGCUAGCAGCUUCAGCUUAUCAUAUGCGAGUCUUGUGCGUGCUUGCUUUCUGUGGGUAUUGAUGCUUUAUUCAUACGUGUUGUCUGGCUGGUCAAGGGUUCAAAACGAAGAGCACAUGGGUGUUUGAAGGUGUGGGUGCAGAGUGUUGCACAUUGUGCGCGCAAAUGCUUUUGUGAGGAAAUGUGCUGGUGGUUGGGUCGUGUGGACUUGUGUGGUAUGUGCUGGUUGCUGUGUUCCAUGUUUGUUUUCCCCUUUAGGUGCACCUUACCGUUCUAAAAGCAUAUUGCGCACUGGUUUGUCAGUUUGAAUUCAUUGGGUUUGUUUGGAGUCCUAGUCAUAUUGCAGCUAGUGCAGUGUUGCAGCAAGCUAAGAGUGGUGUCGGCACGACUUGCAAAGCUUGCGUCGAUAUAGACUGGCAUUUCUGUUUUGGCUCUGUGCUUUUUUUUUUCUUGUUGAUUGUUUGACAGAAUUUGCAAACAGGAGAGCUCAAUUUUGAUGCUGUUUACAUCGCGAUGAUGCCAAAUCAGGGGCUGUUUGAGUUUCGAAUGGCUCGAGUCUCACCCUGCCUUACAUUCAGGUCGAGGUGCCACUGUAAGUUAGUCAAGCGGCAGAUUUUUUUUUCAGUUUUUGGUUAUGUUUGCAUCAUGGCAGUGAGCCAUUAGGGUGAGGAUACUUGUCAAGUGUUGGAGCGAUGCCUGCUUGCUUUGACGCAAUCCUAAAAUUUGGAACAUUUAACAGCAGUGUGCUGGAUUACUUAUCAGUGCGAAAUUGCUCACUCGUGGUAUUCGUGGAAGAGGUAUUCGUGGAAGAGCCAUUGACCAUUUCAGCAACUUAAUGUUUCUGCCCAAUGAUUAAAACAGGUUAGUGAUGUGCUCAGAUUGCUCCUAGCUUGUAUUGAUGGCAUUUCACCUACUAACCAAUCUGAAGUGAAUUUCAAAUUUAUAAAGAUUACCAAUGGAUCAUGAGAAGCAGAGAAGUUGUUAUACACAGCUGCAUUAGCAAAAGGAAAUCUUUGAAACACCGCUACAGUUUUGCAUCAUUGUUUUCUUGAAUGGUCCAAUUGUUUUAAUAAUCUUUCAUAAAAAGUGCGCGCUGGUUUUCGCUGUGUUAGAAGUUGUGUUUUUGUGCGCUCGCCACAUAAGGUGGAAGCAAUGGAAUGAUCUCGCAAACCGGAGCAGACGACGUUUGGUAUCAUGGCGUCUGCUUUUGGAUCUCUCAACAUAAUGUUAAGUUGCAUGUGAACGUUGCUCUGAUAUGUGUCUGUUUAGUUUUAGUGUUUAGGGGAGGACAUGUUUGAAGUACCUUCAGAGCUGUGCAUUCUGAAAGGGAGUAAAAAAAGUGUGUAUGGGGAGCCCUUCACUGCCAUUUGUUAGACGUAUGCCAUAAGUGAUUGUUUCAUCACCUGGAAAAAGUUUGCAUGAAGUAUGGAGCAAUUGCCUGGCUGUUUGUUUGACCAGAUCCAUUUUCGUGUUGUGUUUUGUGGGCUGCUUGAUGAGUGUUUGAGAGUUGCUUUGUGUCAGAAUUUAUUUGCGUUGGUUUAUUAUUAAAAUGGUCUGUUUUUGUUUUUUUUCUUCUUUGGGUUUGUGGGAACAAAUGUGUUGUCUUUUUUUCUUCCAAUAAGUUCAGUAUUAAUGUUAGAACAGUGCAGAAGCAUCUGUUCUUGAUGGAAUGGGGCAGUUGCUGCGACUGAUGAGGAUUACUUUCGGUUUGACUGGGACCAACGUUUUUCUUGUCAUUCUACGAACCUGACUUGCCUUCAGCGUAGGAUCCCGACUCUCCUUUUUCGAAACAUUGGGAAGAACAGCUUUUGGUUCAGUGUUGUGCAAUGUAGCACGAUGAGCGUUCACUCAUAUCCAGCAUACUGCCAAAUCUUGUAUAUGCAUCAGUGUGUUUCAGUUCUGGGCACGUGUACAUAAUUCAUGCAAUUGCCAGGGCGUGAUGUGGAGAAUAAAGAGGGUCAUAAACACUGCGAGACCUGGUGUUGUGCGAAACUAAUUUGCUGACUAUGCCAAGGAUAUUAUUUUUCCAUAUUUUCUCUCUCUCUCUUACCUUUAUUUUUUUUUGCGAUAUUUGUUUCAAGAGGUCUUCAAACACCACCAUCUCGCUUCUGCUACUGAAUUGUAGUGAACGCUCUCCGCAUCAAUCGGAGGACACAUUAUUUGCUUAUCCUGCAAUCUUAGUUUUUCUUAAGCUUCACCUGAGCAUGUGUGCUGGUUUGAGUGACUUUCGUUUUCUGUGCUGUGGCUUUUGUGGAACAUACUUUUCUUUCCUGGUUUGUUUGAUAGUCCAGAAGACUGUGCCAAGUGAUGCAUUUGCAGGUUUCCAUGGCAUAUGCAGCAAAAGAAAAGGAUGACACCUUUUUUUGUAUAAAGCAAACAGGCUGUCUGUCCGCCUUAAAAAGUUGGGUCUAUAUAUAUUUUUAAGGUCUCAUAACAGUGUACAGCUCAUUUCUAACAUGGUUGCUAGUGCAGUUUAGUAUUCUUGUGUUUACUUGUUUGUUUUUGCUUUUCUACCUUAUUUUGUUCUCUUCUCCGUAUUCUCGAUUCCUGUGAGAAUCAGUUGUUGAAGUGUAAAUUAUUUGCUUGUGUCUACUUUUAUGAUAAUGACUGUACAUCACUAAUAUUAUUAUUCUUAUAAUUAUAUUGUGCGCACUAUUUGGCACUGAGUGGCAGCCAUGUCGCUACCUGCAACUUCUUUUUGUACUCCACUGGGCAACAAAAGGCACUGUGCUGCAGGCAUGUUUGCUGUCUCGGCUUUUGUAGCUUUGUUUUGGGAGAGCUCUCACAGGCAUGUUCUUGUUUGCUGUGGAAUGGGCUGGAAUUGAAAUUUCGAACGUUGAAUGUUGCCUCUUGCGGCAUCAUAACAUUGUUUGGAUAGGCACAUUCCUGGCAUUUAGGUUGGGCUAAAUUAUAUACCGGGCGAAGUGUGUUUUCUGGUAAACCUUGAUUGAGUUCCCGCAACACGAGACCUUUCCAUAUAGAGAAACAUCUUUGCAGAAACAGAGUGACAAACGAAGAAUGCUGGAAUAAAAGAUACAGACGGCAAGAUAUAAAGUUUUACUGUAGACAGGAAGAUGUAUCAUUCUUAUGUAUUGAAAAUAAGACAAUUGAUCAUAAUUGUACAAUACAAAUGUAUUGAUAAUUGUAUUCCUUGCUAUGAUGUAUCUCUCCAUUCAUUGCAUUGAUUGUAAUAUUUUCACUAUGAUGGUGCCUGACCUGCUUGGACUCUGUUGUAGUCUGCAGUAUGUACUAAAUAAGUAAAUAUACUGUUCUGCAUUCAAGGAAACUUCAGUUGCAGGUCGCUAAUCGGUGGCGGUGUGUAUCCUUCAUUUCUAUGUUUUGUUUUGUUAGGCCGUUGUUGCAAAGAGGCUUCUCUCUAUGGUGGGUGUCUUCUAUAGUGGGAACUCUGUGAAGUAUUACUAGAAGACUCCUGUCGCAUGAUUUUCCUCGGACAUCAGAACUGGCUUGCUUAAAGAAACUAUUUUCUGAUCAGAAUUUUCUUGAUAACAAGCAACAGUCUUGCAAAUGAAUUAACGCGAGAUGUUAGUGAAUUACACUACCUACAGGGGUGUUUUAUUGUGUGGGCAUUUGUGGUUUGUCUUGAUGGCAUUAUAUGGAAAAAAAGUUAGAAUAGUCUCGCAGGCAUUAAAAGCUCACUACUCUUGGAGCCUGUGUUAAGUCUGUCAAGGCUAGAUAAAUCUCCUGUGAGGAAGUCGUCAGCUGAAAAAUGAGUUUUCAGUAAAGAGGAAGCACAUGGUCGUAGCGUUACAAGAAAUCAUGAUGGGCUGGUCGUUGUGCGCUGGUCUUCUUGUGAAGGGCCAUGCCUGUGAGAUUCUCAGCCGUUGACAUUUUUGUUCUGCUUUGGUGUGUCUCGCGCCAGUGUUUCUGUGACAGUUGCACUUUUUGCACCACGAAGAGUGUUAAGUUGCGCUUGGGUUGCCUUUUGUAGUUGCAGUUUUCACCGUUGUUCACACACUUGAGUUGCUGGCGACUGUUGAUGACCAAGGGUGGUGUCACAUCGUGUUCGUUUUUGUUAGUUCUUUUUUACAAAUGUGUCCCCGAUAUGUUGUGCUCUAGGGAUGAACUGUGGUUUCAUGAGAAUGACUUUACUUUUUUUAAUGCAUGGAAGGUGUCUUUCUUUGCAUGUAUGUGUGUGUGCGUUUGCAUAUUGUGUUGAAUGGAAUUUGUUGUGUGCGUGCAGAGUGUUUGAUAGAAGCCACACGAGGUUCUGUAUGUUGUGUGCGUUCCUUGCCAUUGGAGGUGCGUGCUGGUUUCUAGAUGUCGAAGUUCCAUAUGCCAAUAAACACAUUCACCAUUUUUUUACACAUGUAUGAAAAGAGGUGAGAAAGAAAGAACUAAA